AGUUGAAAGUCUUCGGUUUUACCCUCUAAAAAGCGGAUUGGAGAGAGAGAGAGAGAGAGAGAGAGAGAGAGAGAUGGCAGUCGUCCAAGUGCCGGCGGAGUAUGGAUGCGUUGUGCUGGUGCUGCUUUCGUAUGUGUUUCUCAACUUCUGGAUGGCCUUCCAGGUCGGCAAGGCCAGGAAAAAGUAUAAGGUAUUCUACCCGAAUCUAUACGCCCAAGAAUCCGAAAACAAGGAUGCCAAGCUCUUCAACUGUAUCCAGAGAGGACACCAGAAUUCUCUGGAGGUGAUGCCGGUAUUCUUCACGGUGCUGGUGCUGGGAGGGAUUCGGCACCCUCUGAUCGCUGCAGGAUUAGGGGCCUUCUAUACAGUGGCCCGCUUUUUCUAUUUCACGGGCUACUCCACUGGCAAACCUGAGAACAGAAUGAAGCUCGGGGGACUUUACUUCCCAGCACUGAUGGGGCUUAUCAUUUGCACAGCAUCCUUUGGAAUCAAUCUUCUCCGUUGAUCAGAUCUGUUUCUCUUUCUCUUUUACCCUGCUUGCAGAUUAGUUUGAUACUGUUGUAUGUGACUUUUGGCUGAUGUUAAAUAAAUAGGAGACAUUCCUUCCCUGGA